ACAUCCCCUCCGCCCCCACCGCCACCACCACCGAUGCCAUUUCGCCAGGUUACGCUAUGAAAAAUAUUGGGCUAGACAUUGCGAUGUUUAAAGAUUUGUGUGCUGACAUGUCGGGGGCCUAAAAUAGAAAAUGUUGCCUAAAUGUUGCUGCCACUUUGACUCAUUUUGUGUCAAGAAUAGUAACACUGUCGUAUGAUAACUAUCUUUAGCAUUUGUAGCACCAUGCUGCACGACUUGCUACAAGGAAUUGACCCUGGAGGCUUUCUUAUCAUACAAGAUUCCUGUUGUUCUUCUGGCCGACGACUUCUAUGGAGCAUCAUCAAGGCUGCAUUGAACAGGACGGAAGCAGUCCAUGUCCUCAGCUUUGAAGUCAGCGAGGAUGAGCUGAAGAAUGGCUUGAAAGGAUCACCGAUUGAAAGGCUCCACUUUCACAACGCUUACGACGACCCCUUGGGCUGGACCGGACACGCCGCCUUUACGGUGGACCAGUUCUGCGUGGAGAGAGUCACGCAGCUCGUCGAGCAGUCCUCUCAAGUGAAGCCGGCAGUUUUAAUCAUUGACUCACUCUCGUGGAUCCUGAGACAUGUUAGCCCGUCUGCGGUCUGCAGGACUUUGCAACAACUUAACAAUGGUGGAUCUGUGGGAAACAUCAUCGGUCUCCUCCAUUCCGAUAUGCACCCGCGAGGUAUGGUGGGCAGCCUGUGCCACUCGGCUACGUCACUCAUCAACGUUGUGACGGGACCGAGAGGAGACCAUGCAAAGAUAACCAAGCGCUUGAAGUCAGGAAAGGUUUUGCAAGAUGAGGAGGUGUUCUCCAUCAAAGAUGACCUGACGGUGGUUGGACAGAGCAAAUUCAGUUUGGCCGAGCCACAAGAACAGAGGGCAGACCCAACAGCAAAUUUGACUUUCAACCUACGCUUGUCCGACAGCCAGCGAGAGGCUAAGGAGAACCUAGCGCUGCCCUUUGUCUUCAGUAAAGAGAAAAAAGCAGCACUUCUCCACACCGGUUCAGGGAGAAUUGUGUACGAGCCCGACGCAAACGACGACUACGACCAGGAGGAUCCCGAUGACGAUCUUGACGUGUGAUCGUCUUGUUUUAUUAGCACGGACUUUUUUUUCAUGACUUUAAAGAACAUGUUUAUUAUUAAAUAGAACAAUGGGAUAAUAAAAAUGUAAAAUAAACUGU